CCUGAAUCUGCUUAUCCCAGCACCUAGAGAGGAUGUCUCUGUGCACAAGUGGAGAUGACUCUGCAGCAGGGAAUCCUGGGGGUAUUGGGAAUUGAACACCAGGCACCACACAUGCGAGUGUAUGUGCAGUACUGGGGUUUCCACCCAAGGCCUGUGUACAACAGCCCUCUGGACCCAGAGGUUAGACCCGUGUGACACUCACCAUGCAGACGCUCCUUCACAUCCUCUGGCUUAUUCUGGCCUGUGGCUCUGUGCACACUACCCUGUCAAAGUCAGAUGCCAAAAAAGCUGCUUCCAAGACGCUGUUGGAGAAGACUCAGUUUGCAGAUAAGCCUGUCCAAGAUCGGGGUCUGGUGGUGACAGACCUCAAAGCUGAGGUCGUAGUUCUUGAGCAUCGCAGCUACUGCUCGGCGAGGGCCCGGGAGCGAAACUUUGCUGGAGACGUUCUAGGUUAUGUCACUCCGUGGAACAGCCAUGGGUAUGACAUCGCCAAGGUCUUUGGGAGCAAGUUCACGCAUAUCUCACCAGUCUGGCUACAGCUGAAGAGACGUGGCCGUGAGAUGUUUGAGGUUACAGGCCUCCACGACGUGGACCAAGGAUGGAUGCGAGCUGUCAGGAAGCAUGCCAAGGGCCUACACAUAGGUGAGUCCAGCAGGCCUGGAGCACCUCGGCUUCUGUUUGAGGGCUGGACUUACGAUGACUUCCGCAACGUCCUAGACAAUGAAGAUGAAAUAGAAGAGCUCAGCAAGACUGUGGUCCAGGUGGCAAAGAACCAGCAUUUUGAUGGCUUUGUGGUGGAGGUGUGGAGCCAGCUGCUGAGCCAGAAGCAUGUGGGCCUCAUCCACAUGCUUACCCACCUGGCUGAGGCACUGCAUCAGGCCCGGCUGCUGACCAUCUUGGUCAUUCCACCUGCCGUCACCCCUGGGACCGACCAGCUGGGCAUGUUCACCCACAAGGAGUUUGAGCAGCUGGCCCCGGUGUUGGAUGGCUUCAGCCUCAUGACCUACGACUACUCCACGUCGCAGCAGCCUGGCCCUAACGCCCCGCUGUCCUGGGUUCGAGCCUGUGUCCAGGCUCUGGACCCCAAGUCCAAGUGGCGGAGCAAGAUUCUCCUGGGGCUUAACUUCUAUGGCAUGGACUAUGCAGCCUCCAAGGAUGCCCGUGAGCCUGUCAUUGGGGCCAGGUACAUCCAGACGCUGAAGGACCACAGGCCCCGUAUGGUGUGGGACAGCCAGGCUGCAGAGCACUUCUUCGAGUACAAGAAGAACCGUGGCGGAAGGCACGUCGUCUUCUACCCAACUUUAAAGUCCCUGCAGGUGCGGCUGGAGCUGGCCAGAGAGCUGGGUGUCGGGGUCUCCAUCUGGGAGCUGGGCCAGGGCCUGGACUACUUCUACGACCUGCUGUAGACUGGGCAGCAGUUCCAAGGCAGCGUGGACUCUCUUAGUCACAGAGCGACUGGUUGAGUGAAAUACAGGCCUCUGCCGCUUGCUGUGA